GGCGUUGCCGUCGCGCAGUGCGCGGAUAACACGUCGCGCGUGCGCAGUCGCUGGGCGCAGAGGCCUGCCGGAAGCCAAGAUGGCGCAUAGGUGUUCUCCAGGCCGCAGUUGGCGCCUUAUCAGGAUCUGAGCGGAGUGUUUUGGAAGGGGCUGUGAUAAACGCCCUCUCCGCCGCUAUGGCCCGGCAUCGGAAUGUCCGAGGCUAUAACUACGAUGAAGAUUUUGAAGAUGAUGAUCUCUAUGGCCAGUCUGUAGAGGAUGAUUAUUGUAUUUCGCCAUCAACAGCUGCUCAGUUUAUUUACUCACGACGUGACAAACCUUCAGUUGUUGAGCCUGUUGAAGAAUAUGAUUAUGAAGAUCGGAAAGAAUCUUUCAGUUCUCUUUUGAACCAUCAGCUAAGUGGAAUUGAUCAAGCUCGUCUUUAUUCAUGCCUUGAUCACAUGAGAGAGAUACUUGGAGAUGCUGUGCCAGAUGACAUAUUGAUUGAAGCAGUUCUGAAGAACAAGUUUGAUGUGCAGAAGGCUUUGUCAGUGGUUCUGGAACAAGAUAACAUGCAGAAUUUGAAGGACAAGAGUGAGGGAACGAUAUCUACAGGAAAGAUAGCAAAAGGAAAAUCAGUAGGUUCCCAGUCAUCUCGAAGUGAAUCUGAAAUUGUGCCAAAAGUUGCUAAAAUGACUGUAUCUGGAAAGAAGCAAACUAUGGGAUUUGAAGUGCCUGGAGUAACUUUUGAAAAUGGUCAUAGUUUCCACGUACCUCAAAAAGAACCUCUAAGUGAAGAUACCAGCAUUAUUCCUGAUGUUCUUGAGACUGUUUCUAGAUCAGCUGUUCCAUCCCACAUUAGUCAAGCAUCAGAAGAGCAGAGUUCAACACCAACACCAGUGAAAAAGUCUGGCAAGCUGAGGCAGCAAAUAGACGUGAAAGCGGAACUGGAGAAGCGGCAAGGAGGGAAGCAGCUCCUCAACUUAGUGGUCAUUGGUCAUGUUGAUGCUGGGAAAAGUACUCUGAUGGGCCAUAUGCUUUAUCUUCUGGGUAAUGUAAACAAAAGAACUAUGCAUAAGUAUGAACAAGAGUCUAAAAAGGCUGGCAAGGCUUCGUUUGCAUAUGCCUGGGUCCUGGAUGAGACGGGCGAAGAAAGGGAAAGGGGAGUGACAAUGGAUGUUGGUAUGACAAAGUUUGAAACCACAACCAAAGUUAUUACGUUAAUGGAUGCUCCAGGCCAUAAGGAUUUCAUACCAAAUAUGAUAACAGGAGCAGCCCAGGCGGAUGUAGCUGUUUUAGUUGUAGAUGCCAGCAGGGGAGAGUUUGAAGCUGGAUUUGAGACUGGAGGACAAACCCGAGAGCAUGGCCUCUUGGUCCGUUCUCUUGGGGUGACACAGCUUGCAGUUGCAGUCAAUAAAAUGGAUCAGGUUAAUUGGCAACAAGAAAGGUUUCAAGAGAUUACUGGGAAACUUGGGCACUUUCUUAAGCAAGCAGGUUUUAAGGAGAGUGAUGUAGCUUUUAUCCCUACAAGUGGUCUCAGUGGUGAAAAUCUAAUCACAAGAUCUCAGUCAAGUGAACUCACAAAAUGGUAUAAAGGAUUAUGUUUAUUAGAACAAAUUGAUUCCUUCAAGCCUCCUCAACGAUCUAUUGACAAGCCUUUUAGAUUAUGUGUGUCUGAUGUUUUCAAAGAUCAAGGAUCUGGAUUUUGUGUAACUGGUAAAAUUGAAGCUGGUUAUAUCCAGACUGGUGACCGUCUACUAGCAAUGCCUCCUAAUGAAACUUGUACUGCAAAAGGAAUCACUCUGCAUGAUGAACCUGUUGAUUGGGCUGCAGCAGGUGAUCAUGUUAGUCUUACUUUGGUUGGGAUGGAUAUCAUCAAAAUCAAUGUUGGCUGCAUAUUUUGUGGUCCCAAAGAACCCAUUAAAGCUUGCACUCGAUUCAGAGCUCGAAUCCUCAUCUUUAAUAUUGAAAUUCCUAUCACUAAAGGAUUUCCUGUACUGUUACACUACCAAACUGUCAGUGAACCUGCCGUUAUUAAACGAUUGAUCAGCAUCUUAAACAAAAGCACCGGUGAGGUCACACAAAAAAAGCCCAAGUUGUUGACUAAAGGUCAGAAUGCAUUGGUAGAGCUACAGACACAAAGACCAAUAGCUCUUGAGCUAUACAAAGACUUUAAGGAGCUGGGGAGGUUCAUGUUGCGUUACAGUGGUUCUACAAUAGCUGCUGGUGUCGUCACUGAGAUAAAAGAAUGAUGGGUCAGAAUUUCUACCAUGUUUUCAAAUGCAAUGAAAUAGCUACCUUGGUUUUAAAGAAUCCAGUUAUUCAGUUAAAGGAACAAUGUGCAAUUGAUAUUUUUUUAAAUGAGAGAGAAUAUGAAAGCUAUAAUUAGCUGCAAAGAAGUAUUAAUAAUCACUCCUGCAAAAAUUUCAAGUUUCCAACCGGCAAAGAAAGGCUAAUAUUGCACUUUCAUUUAAAAAACCAGCUUUCCAUUUGAAAUGUUAAAAAGUGGAUUUUCUUUGCUGAGAUUUAUGGAAAGUAUCAGAAAUAGAAGAUAUGAAUCAUCAUGAAAUUAACUCUAUUUCCAGCCAAACCAUGAAAUAUUUGUAGUUUUCUCUUUUGAUUCAACUAUACUGCACAUGUUUUAAGGAAAAGUACGUAAAUUGGGUUUUGGAUGUAGUUGAUAUUUGACUUGGGAACUUCCUUUAGUUAACUCUAAGAAAAGAUUUGCUGAAGGUUGUAAAAAAGGUAUUUGUGUUGAAUGUAAGAAUGUCCCUCCGAACAAGAAAAUUUUUGAAAGCUUAAUUUGGAAUUAGUGGAAGCUGUUCCUUUGGUAACCAAGAUAUUAUUUAAGUUGUAAAGCCAGCUAAUAAAAUGCCUGAGUUUGAGCAUAAUGCAAAA